ACAUGGUCGGGACGGGCGGGUCAGCCAUGGCGCAGCUGCAGGUGACCGACUUCUUCGCCCGGAGCAAGAAGGGGCCGGCGGGCGCCAAGCGCAGGAAAGUCCGCGGCGCCCCGGAAGAAGCCUCGGCGGGACCCAGCCCCGAGCCACAGCCGCCGCCGCCGCCUUGGCUGGCCUCGCCCCCCGCGCCCGCCCGCCCGCAGACCCCCGCCACACCGGGCAGCAGGAAGAGGCGCCGGUCGGGCGCGGGGCUGGAGGCGGAGCCCUCGGGCCUGGUCCCCGCGCGGCGCGGGCAGAAGGGCACGGCCAGGAAGAAGCUGGCGAUGCCCCCGGAGGCGGUCCCGCACCCCUCUUUUCCCACCCCCUCCAAUAUGGACAAGAAGGAGAAGGAUCUGGUGAACGUGAGCCUCUCACCGGGCCAGAAGCAGGAGGCCGGAGAGCUGCCAGGCCUGGCUGUGCCAGAGGAGAAGGAUCUGGCCAGAGAGACGCUUGCGCAGCUGAGGUGCCGGCUGGAGAAGGUCCAGGCGCUGACCCAGAAAGGCAUUCUUCCAGUUGGCACCUCCAGAGCCAAGGAAGACGUCAAGAGCAGGCUGCAGCGGGCACGGCUGCUGGAGUCCAAGAUCCACGCAAAGGAGGAAAAGAAAAGCCUCUCAGGACUUCAGUCGGUGGCGCAAGAUCUCCAGCCAGAGGCAAAGGACAGUGAGAGAAUGCCAGCCUACCAGCGAUUCCACAGCCUUGCCCAGGAUCUGCCCCCUGGGCUCACGCUGCCCUACAAGUACCGGCUGCUGGCCGAGAUGUUCCGCAGCAUGGACACCAUCGUGGGGAUGCUUUUCAACCGGUCUGAGAUGGUGACCUUCGCCAAGGUCAAGCAGGGCGUCCAGGAUAUGUUGCACAAGCAAUUCGAAGAGCGGAACGUGGGCCAGAUCAAGGCGGUGCACCCAACUGCCUACACACUGCGUCAGGAGAAGAACAUCCCUUCCUUCAGUGGCGGAGGCCUGAAGCGAGGUGCCUACCACCUCACCAUUGAACCUGUGGUGGGAGAAGGCGCAAAGCUGUCGGCAUCGCGUUUGCUAGAACGCCAAAAAGUGUUCAACAGGAACCUAAUUAACAUUGUCAAAGAGCAUCACAAGGCUUUUCUGGCAUCCCUCAACCCUCCAAUGGUGGUCCAGGAUGACAAGCUGGCCAGGUGGCACCCUCGAUUCAAAACUGACGAAGUGCCUGAUAUUGUGCCGGCUGAGCUGCCUCAGCCCCCCCAGGUGGAUAAGCUCACCACGGCUCAGGAAGUCUUGGCGAAGGCACGCACCAUGCUGACCCCGAAGAUGGAGAAGGCGCUGGCCAAUCUGGCCCUGAAGACAGCCGAAGCCGGCCCCGCUGUGCUGGAGACUCCUCCGAGGUCUGCCCCACGCUCUCCAGCGACCACUCCCAGCAGCCUGAAGGGGGUGUCACAGUCCCUGUUGGAGCGGGUCAGAGCCAAGGAAGCCCAGAAGCUGCAGGCGUUGAUGACGCGUGACCCCCUGCAAGAGCUCCGCUUGGCCCGGCUGGCCCGGCUGCCUGAGAUGGCACGGGUGCUGCGCAACGUGUUUGUGGCUGAGAAGAAGCAGGCCCUCACCAUGGAGGCGGCAUGCCAGCGGAUGGCAGAGAGCUACCGGGGCCUCCUGACGCCGGGAGAGAUGGAGCAGCACCUUCGCCUCUUCUCGGAGCUGUUGCCAGACUGGGUGAGCGUUCUGCCCAUUCGGACUGAGACCUACAUCAAACUGGACAAAAGCCUUGACCUUAAUGUCAUCACAGAGCGCCUGAUUGCCCGGGCCAAAGAAGAAGAGAAGCUCUGACUCCGUGCUGCUGUGUCCAGAGAUGUUCACAAGGACACCAAGAACUCUGCCUGGGCAAGGGCUUCAAGAGGGUUUUUCCCCCUUGGUCCCUUGCAGAAGACUGUAAGCUACAAGUGUUGUUUAAAUUUAUAGUUUCAGCAUCUAUCCCCCUUCUCCCCAAAAUAUUGCUCCUACUUCCAAGUUGCAAACUCCAGGGGAGGCACUUCUCGCGUUUGCUUGCUUCUGCAAGGCCAGGACCACUGGAUGGAUCACCGUGACUUUGGAAGGGCCCAGCUUCACUCUCUUGCAAGCUUGGAGGAAGACCACGGACUCCUUUUCCCGAUGCAAGUUUCCACUAACCCAGGCUUGGGAGUUGGGCGGGGUUGCACUUUCCACUGGGAGACCGAGAAACCAUUUCCUGUUUUUAAAACGUUCUUUUGGUUCUGCUUUUUAGGACUGAUGAAUUCAGACUUUAGUAUUAAACAUGAGUUGAGGGGCAAGAACUAACAUGAGUUUUCCAGAGGGGUAAUCCUACCAAGAAAGUUCUGUGUCAAAAUAAAAAGUGCUCACCUUGUUCCCUU